AUGUCUCCGAGUGGCCGCCGAGUGGCCGACAUGGCCGAGUGGCCGACAUGGCCGAGUGGCCGACAUGGCCGAGUGGCCGACAUGGCCGAGUGGCCGACAUGGCCGAGUGGCCGACAUGGCCGAGUGGCCGACAUGGCCGAGUGGCCGACAUGGCCGAGUGGCCGACAUGGCCGAGUGGCCGACAUGGCCGAGUGGCCGACAUGGCCGAGUGGCCGACAUGGCCGAGUGGCCGACAUGGCCGAGUGGCCGACAUGGCCGAGUGGCCGACAUGGCCGAGUGGCCGACAUGGCCGAGUGGCCGACAUGGCCGAGUGGCCGACAUGGCCGAGUGGCCGACAUGGCCGAGUGGCCGACAUGGCCGAGUGGCCGACAUGGCCGAGUGGCCGACAUGGCCGAGUGGCCGACAUGGCCGAGUGGCCGACAUGGCCGAGUGGCCGACAUGGCCGAGUGGCCGACAUGGCCGAGUGGCCGACAUGGCCGAGUGGCCGACAUGGCCGAGUGGCCGACAUGGCCGAGUGGCCGACAUGGCCGAGUGGCCGACAUGGCCGAGUGGCCGACAUGGCCGAGUGGCCGACAUGGCCGAGUGGCCGACAUGGCCGAGUAUCUCGAUGGUGGAUCGAUUACGACAUCGUAUGGUGCUGUAAAACAAGCCUACAAAAGCACAAAACAAGAUCGAAACGCAUAUUCACAAAUCGAAGAUAUUAUGAUUGGACUUCUAACGGUGUUAGUCUUUGCAAUGCUCACCUCACCACUUGCAAUUUUUCAUGUCGUUGAACGGGUCACCAAGUUUUUACAUCAACAAAGUCUAACCGCAGUUUCUGGAUGGAUGUUGUAUUCGGCAUCAAUUUUAUAUGAUACGAUCACUUUUCUCGUUAUGACUGCUCUCAUUACGGUCGCUUUUCACAUUGGUGGAUGGGCGCAAGGCCAAAUGCUUAGGGUUUUGAUCGUUUUCAUCCUCUACUUCGUCGCCUCACUCCCAUCCGUCUAUCUGUUGGCUUCUUUUUUCACGUCGGCUCCCAGAGCAAAUUCCUUAAUUACAAUCUACCAAACAAUGGGUGCCUACGGAUCUCUAUUGAUCAUUUCAAUUGUUCAAAGUUUCACCAACUGGGAUCCAAAAAUCCUUGCAACAAUUCUUGAUGAUUCGGAUGUGGUAAAAGAACGAGAAAUUGUCGAUGCUCAUUCUGGGAAAUUUGCUUUAGAAGUGAACACUUUAGUAAAACAUUAUGGCCAUUUCACUGCAUUGAAUCGGCUCACUUUUGCAAUGAAAGAAGCUGAAUGUUUUGGAUUAUUGGGCGUGAACGGAGCUGGCAAAACGACAACUUUCGGCAUUCUUACCGGAGAAAUCUUUGCUUCAAGUGGAUCAGCUUUUCUUGGAAAUCAAGAAAUUACAGGGAUUUUGACAAUGGGUUAUUGUCCACAAUUUGAUGCUUAUUUACAAGAGCUAACAGGAAAAGAAGUUUUAUGGAUAUUAGCAACAUUAUAUGGAUAUAAAUAUCCCGCGAAAAAAGCUCAUUCGAUUUUAAGAGCGGUAUUGAUGGAAGAAAAUGGGAAAAAGCAAUUGAAACAUUGCAGUGGAGGACAGAAGAGAAAGAUCAGUGUUGGAAUCGCAUUGUUGGCAAGAAGUACAUUGAUUAUUUUGGACGAACCAACAGCUGGAAUUGAUCCAAGAGCAAGAAGGGAGAUUUGGUCACUGAUUGGAGUAGUGAGAGAUAUUGAGAAACGAGCUGUUUUGCUUUGUUCACAUUCGAUGGACGAGUGCGAGGCCCUUUGCACUCGAGUCGGAAUCCUUGUGAGGGGACAUUUGAGAGCAAUCGGCACCACACAACACUUGAAAUCAAAAUUCGGAAACAGCUAUCAAUUGAUGUUAGUGUAUUCAAAUGAAGAAGUGAAUCGAACAGAAAUCCCAGAAGAGGUGAAACGGUCAUUUCCUGGUGCUACGUUGCAUUCGGAUGGGAUUCAAGGAAAUGUUUUCCGAUUCACGAUUCCUCGUCAAGAAGGCGAUCGUUGGUCAUCAUUAUGGGAGCGAGGAGGCGUGAUCGCUUUGAGAACGGGAGCUAUUGAUUAUUCGCUUGCUCAGAAUACUCUCACACAAACAUUCCUCACUUUAUCCGGUCAACAAGAGGAAAAUUUA